AGCGAAAAAGAUGGUAGGGGCCCUAUUUUAGAAGCUUAAAUGCAUAAUAAAUUGUAUAAAUGGUGGGUGAUUCUCUGAGAGAGAAAAGAAAAUAGAGAAGCACAAAUCCAGAGAAAGAUAAGAAGAAAGGUGCAGUAGAAGCAGACUGAAAAAAUAGCUAGAAAAAGGUACUACACCAACAAAAGCAACAAAUCUUUGGAUUUUUCAUCUGCUCUACACAUUAAAUUCAUCGAAUCACUUUCAAGGUUUCAAGCAUUUAUGCCCCCUUUUUCAUCGUGGAAGAAGGGCAAGAGAAAGGCAUGGAUGUGAGUCAGAUGCAGAGAAGGCUGAUGGACUACACCAAGUCCUUGUUCAUGGAGGGUGUUUUGGACGGUCAAUUUUUACAGCUUCAGCAGCUGCAAGAUGAAAGCAAUCCAGAUUUUGUUGUUGAAGUGGUCUCUCUCUUCUUUGAGGAUUCUGAGAGGCUUCUCAAUGAUCUCACCAGGGCUCUAGAUCAGCCAAAUGUGGACUUCAAAAUGGUUGAUUCCCAUGUUCAUCAAUGGAAGGGUAGCAGUUCAAGCAUAGGAGCAUGCAGAGUUAAAAAUGGUUGCAUUGCCUUCCGCAACUUCUGUGAGGAACAGAACACUGAAGCGUGCCUGAGGUGUUUGCAGCAAGUGAAACAAGAGUACUACCUGGUGAAGAACAAGCUCGAGAAUCUAUUCAGGAUGGAACAGCAGAUUGUAGCAGCUGGUGGAUCAAUUCCCACUCUGGAAUUAAGUUUUUAGAGUUUAUCAAAUUGAAUGAAAAGCAAGUAAAAUUUGUGGGUUACUGUAGGUAGCUUGUGUACUCCCCUACUAUUGCUUCUUCUCUAACAAACCAGCUUGUGCUUUGUAUGAAAUUUUGUUCAAGAAAAUGGGAGGAGAUUCCAUCUGUUUCAUCUUUCUAUUAUCAACCUUUAAGGCUUCAAACAACUUUUUCAUUUUGUA